GUGCCAGCCAUCGUGAGGUACAUCCACCAGUGCCUCACUUCCCAGGUGUCUCCAGAUGUCAGAAUGCACACUAACAUCCGCAGGCUCGCUGAGGCACACCCCUGUGAUGUGGUGACAACUCUCCUGAGCUGUGCCCCAGCAUGUGACAGAGUUUCUGCAAUGAUGUGGAGCAGCAUCGCCUCUUCAGGAACAACAGUGGAGAAGGUGCUGCCAACACUGCUCCGAGCGAUGGAGGACUGGCCAGUGCACACCAUGUCCACUUCUGCUGGUGACAACAAAGACAUCUUUGCCCUGACUGCAACCCUGGCACUGUGGCACAUCAUCCAGGAGCCCCAGUGCCAAGAGGCCCUGACGACUUGUGCCCCACAGCUCCUCGUGGCUCUGCUCUUCCAAAUUUUCAUGAGCACAGAGCAGAUGCCAGAGGAGGUCAACACUUUCUGGAGGGGAUGUCAGGAGGAACAAGGCAUUCCCAGCAACCCCAACAGGUUUGCAGUACAGACCCUGAAGGCCCUGCUCUGCUGCCUGCACUGGGAGAAUGAGGUGGUGGCUAUCGAACGGAAGUGUGGCUGGGAGACACUCCUCUCUACUGAUACCCACCACUAUGCUGUGGGGCUGCUGGCCAGGGAGAUGCGCCGUGUCUUGGUCCCCUUCCACUCUGAGAUGGCAAUGCACCUGCUCGGGCUGCUCAGCAGAGACCAGCAGUUCUGGGAGCUCCCUGCCCUGGCCUUCCUUGUGGAGCUCCUGGACUAUCUGGAUGGGAGAGACUGUCAUGACAGGGUCCUGCCCAUCCUGUCAAAGAAUCUGCAGAGCCAGUGCCCAGACAGGCGUCGCCUGGCACUCAGAGGCCUCCUGGUUCUCAGUGUGGAUCCCUCAAUGGCCGAAAACAUCUGCAGCCUGGCUGAAAGCCUCCUGGAGCUGCUGCAUCAUCAAGAUGGAGAGCUGGUCGGGAUGACCCUCUCUGUGUUCCUCAAUGUGCUCCGGGAUGAAGACCUUCAGGCAUUCAGCUCCGCUGCCCCAAAGCUGGCUGAGGCACUUCGGCCGCUCUUUGACAACGACAACACCAAUGUGCAGCUGCUCUCCCUUCGCCUCUUCCAAGAGCUGAUGGAGUUGGCAGCAGAAGAGGGAAAGACGGAUGUGCACCAGAGCCUGGUCCCAUUCUUCCGCUGGGAU